CAUCAAGUCACACUUCUUCUACAAAACAAUGGUCGUCAAGGUCGGCAUCAACGGUUUCGGUCGCAUUGGCCGCAUUGUCUUCCGCGCUGCCGUCGAGCACGCUGCUGACCUCCAGGUCGUCUCCAUCAACGACCCCUUCCUCGACCCCGAGUACGCUGCCUACCUGCUCCGCUACGAUUCUACCCACGGCCGCUUCAAGGGCACCAUCGAGGUCAAGGGCCACCAGCUCGUCAUCAACAACAGCUGGACGAUCAACUUCCACCAGUGCAAGAACCCCGCUGAAAUCCCGUGGGGCACUGAUGGCGCCGAGUUUGUCGUCGAGUCGACUGGUGUCUUCACCACCAUCGAGAAGGCCAAGGAGCACCUGAAGGGCGGCGCCAAGAAGGUCAUCAUCUCGGCUCCUUCUGCCGACGCUCCCAUGUUCGUUUUCGGUGUCAACCACACCACCUACGACAAGGCCACCCAGGACAUCAUCUCGAACGCGUCGUGCACGACCAACUGCCUCGCCACCCUCGUUGCUCCCAUCCACGAAAAGUACGAGAUUGCUGAGGGCCUCAUGACCACCGUCCACUCGUACACUGCCACCCAGAAGACCGUCGACGGUCCCUCUGGCAAGCUCUGGCGUGAUGGCCGUGGCGCUGCCCAGAACAUCAUCCCCGCCUCCACUGGCGCCGCCAAGGCCGUCUCGUCCGUCCUGCCCUCGCUCAAGGGCAAGCUGACUGGCAUGUCCUUCCGCGUCCCCACCGCCGACGUCUCUGUCGUCGAUCUUACCUGCCGCCUCGUCAAGCCCGCCACUUACGACGAGAUCAAGGCCACCCUCAAGGAGGCCUCCGAGGGCAAGCUCAAGGGCAUCCUCACCUACACUGAGGACCAGGUUGUCUCGUCCGACUUUAUCGGCGACACCUCUGGCGCCAUCGUCGACGCCCACGCCGGCAUUGCCCUUAACAACAACUUUGUCAAGCUCAUCGCCUGGUACGACAACGAGACUGGCUACAGCCACCAGCUCCUCCGCCUCCUCAAGCACUGCGCUGCCCAGUAAGCGGUCCAGACGUUGGCAUGUGCGGUGUAGUCAUUUUGUCCGACCCCUCCAGUUGUCGGUUGUUUUUUGAGUGCAUGUUCGUGCCGCUGUUUCAUCUUAUAAACUAAUCAAAAACACACAAAAACAAAACACA